AUGGAGUCUUACAAGAAAGUACCGAUCUUUGUUGGCAUCAACAGUGUUUCUAUAUUACAUGCGGAGUCUGAGCAUUUUGACAUAACAUGGGAAAUAGGAAAGAAAAGUGGGAAAAUCAAAGAAUUGUUUACACCACUCCGGACUUUCACAAAAUUAAUGUUUGAAACUUCUUUUAAGAAGUCGUCUAACGGAUCAAUCAAAGAGAAGGCACUUAUUUUAAAAUUCAAGUGUAACAAGAACGUAGUCACUUCAUGUUCUAUUGAUAUGUCGUUACUGUUUUAUACAAAAAACAGACUCUGCAAUUACACUAAGAACCUUCUUGGCACAAAAGGGGAGGAAGUUAGAGUUGACUUAAUCUACACAACACACAAUAUAGACAGUUUAAUCCAUUCAUUAGCAACAACUCCAAGAAAAGCGUUGUCUCCACGAACACCAAGGAGUCCACAAAAACCAUUACAAUUCACUAUUACAAAAACAAAAAGCGACGGACUUGAGAAAACACCAAUUAAACAACACUCUCGAACAUCAUCUCGUUCAACAAGAUCUUUUGGUUCUCUUACAAUGUCAAAGGACAUUGACCCAUACAUUGAGCAAAUUGUGAAUAUCGAGAAUUACAGAAACACAUUUAAAACUAGACAAACGAACAGAGAUAUAAUGACUUGUGAUAAUAAUGAAGAGAAUCAAUUUUCUCUGUUGUCCUUGGUUUUACUCUCUAUGGUCACUGAAAAUGAUAACCAAGACGCUUUCAACGAGGCUUUGAAUAUCUUGUCGAGUCGUGAAUAUCCAGUAGAGGAUUUAUAUUAUAUUUUCAUCUCAGUGUUUGAAUGUGCCGUUUUACUUAAAGGAAAGAACGAAGAAAAAAGAGUUGAAAGUUGGAAGGCGAGUUAUGAAAUGUGUUGCACCAAAAGCGCGCAAAUUGCUGAUAAAGUGAUCGAGACAUUUAAAACAUUUUUGAAAUUGGACCUUUCUAAAAAUGGAAUAAAAACACUCAAACAAAAGUUGAUAAUGACUGUACCAAAUACAAUUCAAAAAAUCGAAGACUUUCUUGUCUAUUUUGCAGUCGAUUUGAAUCUCUUUGAAAAGACUUUGGAGAAAGAUAGUUUGUCUAUGCAAGACGGAAAUGACUUGUUGAUGAUUAUAAGCGACUUCGAUAAGACUUUAAGCCAAUUGAAACUCUGUACUGAGCUCUCAAAGUUACUCAUGAUUGAUAAUAAGAAAAUAUUAACACAAGAAGAUAUCAGAAUGGCAAUAUGUCCCCAUAUCACAGCAGACAUAAUAGAGAAAGUACUCUUAAAAACAAGAGCAGAGAACACUCUAACUGAUGGUAAAAUUUCUCAGAUUCGCAGAAUGGUGGAGAAUCAAGUUAUCUUAGAUCAACAAUUCUCAAGACCAUUCUUUAAGGUGACUCAGAUCAAAAAUUUAGUAAAACACGCUUAUAGUCCAGUCAAACCUUUUAUGUGUUUUGAUAAGACACCAUUUGCGAUCAACCCACUCAUAACUUCCUCGUAA